CACCUGCAGGCCGCUGCCUGCAGUCUUCAGGCGCGCGCCUGUUGCUAGCCGCUCGACUAGAAGCAAUGACUCUCGAGCUUAUUCAUUGAGUAACAGCGAACGCAAUGGUCGCGCUAGCACCUUGUGCAUCGAGCUAAACAAAGAAGUAAAGCGAGCCGGCACCCUCAGCGAGCUUGAGAACAUCUACCUCACUGCACCCGACAUGGAUGUCGUGAACGUCGCGACGUUCUGGAUUAAGCUGUCAGAGAUCAGCGGACGCGGGGACUUGAAGGCGUGCCAGCAGUUUGCACGGAAGCGCCUGCUGGGCAAAACACUUGCGUUCGCCCCGAACAUGGAGCUGCGCCCCCUGGCCAAUGCCCUGUACGCUUUGGAGAGGUUGCAGAUGGACCUGACCAAAGAGGAGCCGCUCGGUCCACACCUGGCGGAUCAGAUGGAGGCACGUGUGGCCGAGCUGGUUAGAAAGGACUUGCUGAGCGGGACUGUCAGCCUGCGGCAGCUGUGGUAUGCGCUGGCACACUGCAAGUGGCAGUGGAGCAGUGAGGUGCUCACAGCGCUGGCGGGCGGGACCAUGAAGGAGCUGUGGCGCUCCUUACAGCAAGGGAGCACCAGCGAUAUCCUCCAGAGUGUUGACAACACCUUUCACAACAUGAGCCUCCUGGCAAAACGCAUCACACUGACAGAAGGCCAGAAGCAGGGGCUUGUGCACAUCAUGGAGGCAGCAACGGAAAGAGUGAGCCAGGACCUGGACAGCAGCGCUGCGCUGCGGGGCCUGUUCUGGGCGGCUCGAGCAUUCGGCCUGCCAGUGCCGCUGCAUCUGCUCCGCCGCCAGGUCAGCCUGCUGCAGGCCGCACCUAUGCCGCUUACACAUGUAACCUGCGCCAACCCACGCUUCAGUGUGGCCCUGCUCCUGGCCAACUGCCUCAACAUGGGCCUUAAGCCUGAGACGCCAGCCGAGGCCCAGCAGUGGUUCGAGCUGCUGGAUGCCUCUGCGUCUGGCCCGUGGACUGUGCAGCACGUGGUGAUCGGGCUCGGUGUGCUGGCUCGGGCAGGCAACUACAGCCCCACACCGCAGGCGAAGGGCUUGGUCGCGACUGCCGCCAGCUCGGGAGAGGUGCGGCUGCAAGAUGAUGCCUUCAGGCUGCUGAAUUUGAGCCACGUCUGGGGCGUGGCCCUGCCGGCGGAGACAGAGCAGAAGCUGAGGGUCCUGCGGGACAGCAAUCAGGGAGAUGUGGGCAAGCGGCAGGGCAAGCGGGGCGGCAAGCCUCGCAGCGGCCGGUGGUGAAGGGAAAACUUUGGCAGAUUAUUGUGGAGCCGAGGGUAGUUCCAGUGCUUGCUGCUGGAAGGGUUGCUGUCAGUCCUCUGUGGUGCCAGACGGAUGGACACGGUGUGGGAGGCUGCAUGCAUGAUAGGAAAUAGCAGUGCUGAGAAUACCGUAUUGUGCUUCAGUCGCAGUCAUUGCCCUGCAUAUAUUAUGUAGACGCUAAUUGACAAAGCAUGUUGCAAUGUCAUUACUGGCGGCGGCAUGAUGGUCGAGCCCCCACGCACGUUCAUAUGGAUGUGUGCAUGGGACACAGCAAUAUGCAUGCCUCUCUGCAACUGCAAUCGCACGUGUGGGGCGUUCACCCACACCUGCACGAGUGUUGAGUGCGGUGCGUGCACUGGGUGCGAUGGGACUUACUGUGGGCGGAAUGCAAUAGUUCUAGGCCGCACUUGGUAAUGAACCAGUCUACUGCUGCGCUGUCCGCCGGGCACCAAUCCUUCUCAUUGUCACCUCAUGCCGUUCUCGUCUUCCCCGACUUGAGAACGGUCUGGCCGCGACCUUUGUGCUGCAGCAAACAUCCGCCCUCAUCCGCCUACUCAUCACCACCUAUCACCGCCCUGGCCAUGCGCUGAGCAGCAGUGGGGCUGAGCAGGCCGUCUCUAUCUGGAUUGACCCGGAUUGAUGGCAGUGCCUGGAUAGCGAUAGUGUGUGCUGCAGCGUGUACGGUAUUAAAAACGAAGAUAGAGAUAGUGUGUGCUGCAGCGUGUGUGUGCGAGUAUGGGGGAAAGGUCCUCCCCAGCCGUCCGGCCUAGGUCCGUGAUGUGAGGACAGGUUGAUCAUGUCUUAGCGAGCCCUCUUACACCGUCCUUCUUACACCGUCCUAAGUGGUUCGUCUGUUCUAGGCGCAAACUCAACACAUUGCUUCGGCGUGUGGGGACGCGGUGGCGAGAGCCGCGAAUGGCCCUAAUACCGUGGGCACAUAUCGCACCCGGGAGAGCACUGUAAGAUUCUUGCAGA